AAGAGAGAGGAGGCGGGACAACACGGCGUUGCAGUUCACCGUGAGGCGACGAUACAGUUUGGUUGAGCUUUGAAUGAGGGGGCCAUCAUCAUCCCGGCGGCUCGGGAGCUCGGGAGGUGGAAAAAAUACAGUUUAAAGUCUCUCUGGACGUAUUUAAAAACAUGAGCGAGCAGGCUUUUCUUUCCUGACAGGCACCUUGAAUGACUGCUCAGCGCCCUUUCAUCUCCUCGUCGGGUUUAUGUGGAUGUACUCCUCGCCACUUUCCAUCGGAUGUUUCCCAAGACUCCUCAAGACCAAUGCCUUAGUUCUGACUAGACAUUAAUUUAAAGAAAUACAUAUAUUCUGUAUAUAUAGGUUUUAAAACAAAUCUCCAGCAGGAAUUCAAAAACCCAUCACCUGUAUCACCCUCCUUCCCCUCUCCCUUUUUCCUCUUUACAUCAGAUUAAGAUUGGCAUAAAAAAAACACACUUAAAACACACACACAUACAUACACAAGCCACCAUGUCCUCCAUCCUUCCCUUCACUCCCCCGGUAGUGAAGCGCCUCCUGGGAUGGAAGAAGACUCCGGCAGGGAGCGGAGGAGCAGGAGGAGGCAUCGGAGGUGUAGGGGAGCAGAAUGGAGGAGGACAGGAGGAUAAGUGGUGUGAAAAGGCUGUGAAGAGCUUGGUGAAGAAGCUGAAGAAGACUGGGCAGCUGGAUGAGCUUGAGAAGGCCAUCAGCACGCAGAACAGCAACACCAAGUGUGUCACCAUACCCAGUAAUUGCUCAGAUCUAUGGGGUCUAGGCUCAGGCCACACGAUAGAGCAGUGGGACUCUUCAGGCAUGUACGGAUACCAUGACCACGGCAGGUCACUGGACGGCCGCCUUCAGGUGUCCCAUCGCAAGGGCCUGCCCCAUGUCAUCUACUGCCGUCUGUGGAGAUGGCCCGACCUUCACAGCCACCAUGAGCUGAGGGCCAUCGACUCCUGCCAGUUUGCCUUCAACCUCAAAAAGGAUGAAGUGUGUGUCAAUCCCUACCAUUACCAGAGAGUGGAGACGCCUGUGCUGCCUCCAGUGUUGGUGCCACGCCACACAGAGAUUCUGACAGAGCUUCCUCCUCUAGAUGACUUUACAAACUCUAUCCCCGAAAACACCAACUUCCCUGCCGGCAUAGACCCUCCUAAUAACUAUAUACCAGAGACACCUCCACCUGGCUACAUCAGUGAAGAUGGAGAAAACAGCGACCAACAGAUGAAUCAAAGUAUGGAAUCAGGCUCACCAGCAGAAAUGUCACCCAGCGCCCUGUCACCUGUCAGUCAUGGCCUGGACCUUCAGCCGGUUACCUACAGUGAACCAGCUUUCUGGUGCUCGAUAGCCUACUACGAGCUAAACCAGCGGGUCGGAGAGACGUUCCACGCCUCGCAGCCGUCACUGACAGUCGACGGCUUCACCGACCCCUCCAACUCUGAGCGCUUCUGUCUGGGGCUUCUCAGCAACGUUAACAGGAACGCAACUGUCGAAAUGACAAGGAGACAUAUAGGUCGUGGUGUAAGGUUGUAUUACAUCGGAGGGGAGGUUUUCGCCGAGUGCCUCAGUGACAGUGCCAUUUUCGUCCAGAGUCCCAACUGCAACCAGCGAUACGGCUGGCAUCCCGCCACAGUCUGCAAGAUACCCCCAGGCUGUAAUCUGAAGAUUUUUAACAACCAGGAGUUUGCUGCGCUGCUGGCUCAGUCAGUCAAUCAGGGGUUCGAGGCAGUCUACCAACUAACCAGGAUGUGCACCAUCAGAAUGAGCUUCGUCAAGGGCUGGGGAGCAGAGUACAGACGUCAGACGGUAACCAGCACUCCCUGUUGGAUUGAGCUGCAUCUCAACGGCCCCCUCCAGUGGUUGGAUAAGGUGCUGACCCAGAUGGGUUCACCGUCAGUGCGUUGCUCCAGUAUGUCCUAAACAGGGCUCUGACGCAGCAGCCUACGCAAUCUGACAUUUCACAACAUUUGACUAGUAUGUCCUGAGGAAGACCGCCGUGCAGAUGAACCAACAACAUUAUCAUUAAGAAAAAAAGAAACAGGAUUACACAACCUUGGAUGGAUGGGAGAAUGACAUUACCGAUGGACAAUAGUGGAAUGUUAAUGAUGUCACAGCGUGGGCCUGAUCACCUUCGGCUCUGUUGGAUUAACGGUGAGGAUGUCAUUCCAGUAAUCAUGGACCUACUGUAAUAAUUGAAAUCACACCUGCAAUAUACAAAAAUGACAAGAGUGAAGUCAUAACUGACCAGACUGCAUUCAUGUUUUUUUUUUUGGUAUUUGACUGGUCCAGAAACACAAAGCAAGGACAGAGCUUUACUGUCCUGCUCAAUGACAACGACAGCGGGGGAUUGAGCAUGUGACCUUCUAGCUACAGGGCGGUCUCUCCAACCACUAGUCCACCUUUACUGCUCCACGACCUACCUACCACAGCACAACUUUGAUUCAAGAUCUCCGUUUACACAAGGUUGACCAACAACAGUAGUACUGCCACUCCGGGCUGACGUUCAACCAAAGUCAGCUCCACGCCUGGACAUGUUUUUUUUUUUUUUCUUCUUGGUUUUGGUGACCAAACUUCCAUUCCAUCUUCUUAUAAUCAGAUCCUGACUACGCCGGACUUCAGCUCUGAAAGGGGUGACCACCGGGAGAGCAUGUCGAUGUCUAUAAUUAAUAGUACAUACCCUGUCUUCACAAAUGCACACACAGUAACACAGAAAAAACCUUACACCACUCAACUUGACAAACAACAUGUCAUUUCCUCUGUUUAACGUGGAUCGUUCUCAUUCAACCAUGAGUGUGCAAGUGGGGUAGAUGUUAUGUGGAUCAGAGCUGCUAGCCAGCAUAGAUAACUGGAAUGAAUAAACUAAAUAAUUCUCAGCGCAAAGAGCUUAGGACAUGUCCCUUCUCUGGAACUUCAUACUAUCUUUAAACUUGUUUUCAUACAGUAAACAGUUUGCUCCUUCUGGUUUUUGAGGCCCAACAAUUUGCACUGACGCUGUUUCCCCCCUUCUCUCUCUCUCUUACAUUCUCUUCAUUAACUUUUUACAAUUAUAUCAUCUUGUUUAUGAAGGAGAGUCGUAUCUUGGACUUGGAGAUAUGUAGGAUAAGGACUCAGUAUAAAAGCAGUUCAAGAAUCUAAGCCUCAAUGUCGCCCCCUGCUGUCUAAAAGAAAAACAUAUAAACUGAUGUAGACAUUGCUCAAGUCUCUCUUGAUUAUACGCUCGAACUGUUGCACGGUUUCCCCAUUAUUGACAUUUUAUUGAUAGGAAGACACGUCCUGCAGUGUGGGACUUUAAAAAAAAAGAAAAAGAAAUGGCUUCUAUACUGUACUUGCACUGCCCCAAAUUAUGCACACUUGAUAUUGCUACAAGAAAGUUGCCUUUGAUGUAAAAUACAGCAAGAUAUGCUUUGAAAUGUACAGAUAGGAAUGUUGAAAAGCCCAAUUUGAAUUUAAGACAAUUACAAAAGAUAUCUUCCAUAUUUUUAUGAAUGUUCACUGUAAAGAUUUUUUUUCUUCCCGUAUAUUGUCUGAAUUGGCUUUAUUAAAGAGCAUUCAUUUUUUAAUUUUUAAUAGAAAUGUCUCGCCCCGAUCUAAAAAGCCAGCCGAUACCUUCAUCGGUAUUUUAGAGUCCAAAUCUUUUAAGCUUUAAGUAUUUGACAAGCUAGUUCUACUGCACAGCUAUUAUUUUCUUUACACAUUGUUUAAGCUACAUUUUUGUAUUUUCAUGUAUUUUUUAUAUAUGAAUAUAUUUAAAAGCUUUCUUCCCUUUUCUUAGAAUUCAAUAUUUUUUUAGAAUGUGCCCUUCCGUUUGAAACGAUCACAGCUUGAUGACGAUUUAUGAAGUAUGUAGCAUAGGAUAUAACAUUUUCACUGAAUUUAACCACAGUUUCAAAUGUUGUGACUGAGAGGCCAAGUGAUCGUAGUUAAACAUCCUCUUUUCUUCAAAAACGGAUUCGGCUGCUAAAUUGGUAAAAGUGGCCGGUGAUUUUUGGGAAUCUAUCAGCUGAUGUAGCUGGUGAAAAAAGUAGUUUCUUGCCUUACUCAUGCAAAAUUUCUCAGCUCUAUGGGUGUGACCCAAAUUAUGAUAAUGCUGUCCCAAAGACUGAAUGCAUGUAUUUACAGUACACUGCAGAUCCACUGUGUCAUAAAACUGAUUGUUGAUGAAAACCUAAUAGCUCCGGUUUUCCGGUAUUUUAUUGGCUUAAUCAUGAUGUUAAAACUUGCCAAUUUCCUUCUGAGGUUUGGUUAGUUACAAAUCAAAUUAAAAACAUACAAACUAAACAGACCUUUUGGAGGUAUUACGAUUGAAUCCAGCAGCUGGGCAAUGCAGUAUUAUUAUCCAGUAUCAAAGGUAUUCAUUUUAAAAAGCUCUGGUGAAUUUGUUGAAUUCUGUCUUACGUUAGCAACAUAGGACAUUCCAGUACGCAGUUUAAAAGCUGCUGCAAAAUUUCAGCUCCGCAGAUGUUUAAUUCUCAUGACUUCUCAUGUACACUGUUACAAUACAGUGAGCGUGUUUACAUGCGCACACAACGUUAUGGUAUUAUGUCCCAUUCAAGGCCUCUUUACUCCCAAGUGUAUUCCUCACAUGUAUCCCAACACAUAAGCAGAAUGUUAGCACGGAAACUGUGGGAUUGUGAUAUGGGGCAUGUACAUAUAUGUAAAUGGGACAAUUGGGGUAUACUUGCCUCACUGUUUUGGCCCAUACUGUCACAUUUCAGAUAGCUUGUUCCAAAACCAGUGGACAGUGGUCUUAACUUGGAGCACAGUAAUGACGUUGUGCAUGUAAACACAUUCACAUUUUCUAUUUGAUUACUCGUGGGGAAAAUGUUGAUUUAAAAAUGUGUUUUAGAACACCAAAAGAAGGUUUAGUUUAUCAUAUAAUGGCUGAUAAGAAGUCCAGAAAUCCUGGUGUUUAAUCAUGCAUAUUGUCAGCAUCCUGCAGAAAUUGUAUAAUUCAAGAUUUGCGACAUUUUUGAGAGAUGACAUCCCGUCCUACAGGGCGAUGGACUUAAGCACUUGGACUAAACUGAAAUAUCGACAUCCUGCAGGUCAACCUGUUUUUCUGUCUUCAUUCAUCGAGCAUUUGCCUGGGUCAAAUUGUUAAAGUACUCACUUGUAACCAGACUGAGACCGGCCAAAUGCAGUGAUGUUUGUCUCUCUGUAUGUGUCCGUCCACCUGUCUGUCCUGUCUGUCUUUUUGCUGGUCUGUCUAUUAUUUUUUCAUUUAUUAGGGAAAAAAGUUGACUGGACAUUGCAAAGGUCAGGACACAUGAAACAAACACAGUGUUACCUUUAAGGUUGUUGUAUCAUUGCUGACCCACAUGUGUUCUAUGCACUGGCAUCAAAUUGUUUUCCCCAAAGUGUAUUUUCUGGUGGCUCGACAUGCUGUUUUAUGCAUAUUGCCAGGGUCCAGCAAAAAUGAGUGCCACCCAACAUUGUACCCCAAAACCAACCAGCUUUUCUCACUUUCUGAGAAUUCUGUUUUGGCGAUGGAAUACGAGACCAAAUGAGGUUUUAAUGUAAAGGCUACAUCUACACAUUUUGAGGGUCCACAUUCCUAUUUACAGACUUCCCAUUGUAUUUUUUUUUCUUUCUUAUUGUGAUGACAAUUGUGUAUCCCCAAACAAGCCUCUUUCGGAUGGAUUCCCAAGAAGGUGGCUUUUUGGAGAAAGUGAAGUUUCUACAUGUCACUGGUGAUGUUAUUGUAUAGCUGUACUUUUGUUUUACCAUACAUGCUGUUCCUUUUUCUUGCUAUCAACGGAGCAUAUUCCAUUAGACAACAAGCUAUUAGGAUUUCUGUCUUCUUCAAAACACUGACGACUGAUGAUCUUCAUAGGCUUUCCAACUAUUCUACAUAUACAGACAACUUCUUACAGUGUACACUAAUAAAGCUGUUUUAAUUCAACUGAAAA